GAACUGUCCUCGGUGCUGCCCACGGCCACUGCCACCCCCUGGGGCAACGGCACCACCUGGGCCCCCCUGCCUGGACACGGGGUCAACGACACGGGGCCGCAGCGGGCCAAGAACGCCACAUCCAUCCUGAUCGCCAUCGUCAUCACUGCGCUCUACUCCGUGGUGUGCGUGGUGGGGCUGCUGGGCAACGUCCUGGUCAUGUACGGCAUCGUCAGGUAUACCAAGAUGAAGACAGCCACCAACAUCUACAUCUUCAACCUGGCGCUGGCUGAUGCACUGGCCACCAGCACGCUGCCCUUCCAGAGCGCCAAGUACCUCAUGGAGACUUGGCCCUUUGGGGAGCUGCUCUGCAAGGUUGUGCUCUCCAUUGACUACUAUAACAUGUUCACCAGCAUCUUCACCCUCACCAUGAUGAGUGUGGACCGCUACAUUGCUGUGUGCCACCCAGUCAAGGCCCUGGACUUCCGCACGCCAGCCAAAGCCAAGAUCAUCAAUGUCUGCAUCUGGGUGCUCUCCUCCCUUAUCGGGGUGCCCAUCAUGGUCAUGGCGGUCACCAAGUCAAAAGAUGGUAUGGUCCUGUGCACUCUCCAGUUUCCUGACCCUCCCAUCUACUGGGACACUGUGACCAAGAUCUGUGUCUUCAUCUUUGCCUUCCUGGUCCCCAUUUUGGUCAUCACCAUCUGCUAUGGGCUGAUGAUCCUUCGCCUGAAGAGUGUCCGGCUCCUCUCAGGCUCUAAGGAGAAGGAUCGCAACUUGCGGCGCAUCACACGCAUGGUGCUGGUGGUGGUGGCAGCCUUCAUCAUCUGCUGGACACCCAUCCACAUCUUUGUCAUCGUCUGGACGCUGGUGGACAUAGACAAGAAGAACCCCUACGUGGUGGCCAGCCUGCACUUCUGCAUCGCUCUGGGCUACACCAACAGCAGCCUCAACCCUGUCCUUUAUGCUUUCCUGGAUGAAAACUUCAAGAGGUGCUUCCGAGAGUUCUGCUUGCCUUUCCGAGCCCGGGUGGACCAGAACAGCUUCUCCCGUGCCAGGAACACCACGAGGGAGCACGUCUCCACCUGCACCCCCUCUGAAGCCCGCAACAAGCCAGUAUGACUAGACGUGGGCAGCCCAGAGCAGGGCUGCCAGGGACAUGGAGAUGAGCUGCGCUCAGAAGUCACCCAGGUCACCACCACAGAGUUGUAGCAGUGAUCGCCUGGGUGCUGCUCAGUAACACUGCUGGGUUUGCAUACAGGAUGACUGCAAAAACUUUUUUCAUCCUGGGAAAGAAAAAUGGGAGAAUUGGGACUCACCAAAUGAUGUAGAUGACCAUAUCAAGAGGUGAGUGAGCUCUACUGCUGCCACCAUCUCAAUCAAUAACACCCAGCAGGGGCUGUCACCCUCCAACACGUGGCUUUUGGCAGAGCCCAGGGCACCAGAACUGCAAUGUCCAUGUGCUUCUCCUCCUGCAUGGGGCAGGAUGACACCACAGCCGACAGAAAGAGGGGAAACACUCACAUGGCAGAAAGUAACUGUGCCAGGAGGUGAUCAUAGGAUCACAGAAUCAUUCAGGUUGGAAAAGCUCUGCAAGAUCAUCAAGUUCAACUAUCCUUCCACCACUACCAAGGCCACCACUAGCCCAUGUCUCCAAGUGCCACAUGCACAUGAUGAUGGUUAAAUCUCUCCAGUGAUGGUUACUCCACCACUGCCCUUGGCAGCUGUGCCAGGACUGGACAACCCUUUCAGUGAAGAAAUGUUCCCUAAUAUCCAGCCUAAUCCUCCCCUGUAAUGACUUGAGGCCAUUUCCUUUGCCACGUCAUGGGACCUCAUUCCAUCCCCCUCUGAGCUGUGUCCAAAAGACAAUUGGAGAUGGGAAGAGAAACUCAUGCCACUUCAGAGACACUGUUUUGAAAAAGCUCCAGACCCAUUGUAAAAAUUCUCCUGGAGUCCCUCAAACUGGGAUUAUUCCCAGGGAAAGCUUUCUACUGUUAAUGUCAUUACUGUGUUGUUUAGAGACCUCUGACUGCAGCUAAGGCUGCCCUGGACCUGGAUGUGAUGCUAAGAAUAUGGAUGUGUGUGGCCAGGGGAUGGAGCAGGCAUGUCUGAAGCUGACCCCCAUAUCCUUGUGCCAAUAUCAAAUUCCCAGGGUGACAGGGAACUGAUGAAGUCAUUAGGCCCAAGAAGAACCUUGUUAAGGGAGUAAUUUGUGGGAACUUGAGUUGCUUCUCACACUGCUAAAGUAAUUAGGAUGGAAUAACAGGCUGCACCAAAGGCUCUCCCUCCCCUGCCCAUCAGGAGGAUGAAAAACAGCACAGCGCAGAUUUUCAUAGCAGAGACAAAAACAAUAGAAUGGGGUUGUGGGUUUUUUUACUUAGAAAAUCUCAAAAAGAACACCUCCCUUUCACAAUUCCCCAAGCAGGGACAGAGGUUGUGCAGGCACCUAGAAAGGACCCACAGCCCACAGGAGGCAGAGAUUGAGGAUUUCAGCUCUCAUCUGUAUGGAACAGCAUCCCUCCAAAGGGACAGCUGAACUGCAACUCCCAGUGCAUCCUGCAAGAACCACCAUCCAGGGACCGCCUGACCACAUUAUCUACAGCUGAAUGAUAAUUAAUGGGUUCUCCUGCUCCCUGAAGCACCCCUCCAGCCCCAUGCCACAUUCAUUCCUUCCUUCCUCUCACCUUCCCAUUGUCAUUGCCAGGUGGUCAGCCAGCCCAAGGAGGAGGAUGAUCAGAGGAAGUAGUAAUAGCAUUUAGAGAACAGAUACACCUGGAGGAAGCAGGCGAGCACCCAGAUGCACCUGGGGCUCAUGCAGAGCUUGAUGCAGAGCUUGGCUUGUGUCUCAAGUUGUAUCAAUUUAGACUAAUAAAAGUCAUCACCUCUCCUCACCAGCCCCACCUUUCUCCAGAACUGUGGAAAUUGAAGCCCUCUCCAUUAGAAAGACAGAGCCCACGAGGUAGUCAAAACCAAUUUCUCUUUCAAAGGGAAACAAAUAGGGUGACAUUGCCCAUUGAGAUCUCAAAUCAAUUGUGCUGAUGCAUGCUAAUGGUCCUCCCCAUCUGCCUGCCCUGUGUCAAUGUGCCACAGGCAAAGCCUCCUGCUCAGUGCUGUAUCCACCUGGACGUCUCCAGCUCAUGUCCAGGCCUCUUCAGGAUCUCUUUGCAGGCAUGAAUGGAGUCCUGGACUAGCAGCGUGGCCACACUUUGGGCUUCUCACCCCCUGCUACCACAAGCCCAUCUGCUUAUGGAGCAUCAUAUAAGGGAAAGCACGAUCAGUUCCAGGGCAGGAAUUGGGGGGAAAUCCCAAGGGUCACAUAAAGCUGAGCUUCAGACCCUGUGAGAAGAAAGACUAAUGUAUCCAGGAGUUGGAGACCAUCCUUCAGCUCUUCACCUCUACCCACCCUGGGGCAGAACCCUCAGCAGCAUGUGGUGGGUUCAGAGCUGGUUGAUGGUGAGGGCCCAGCCAUGGAGGGAUUUCAGCGUGUCCCAUCAGGCUGGAUGUUCCUGCAGGGGUGGGAUGCAUCGUGCUGUGGAGCAGGACAUUCUGGACUUCACUCUAAGCUCCAGCAUGAAGCUGAAUUCCAGCCUGAUAUCUCAAAUUGUGGGGCACCCUUAAAAGAUGUGAUGUCCCCAUACCAUUGGUAUCUUCAAGCUGUCUUAGCCAGUGCCUCAGUAUCCCCUAAAAACCAACCACAUGUUGGAAGCUGGGAAUGGCACAACAGAGAGCAGUGUUUCCCACAACAGCACAGGGACAAAUGGGGGACAUGGGGGAAGUGAACCCCAGCAGCAGGGAUGGAGCAUCCUUGCUCUGGCACAGCCUCAUUGAGGACAUGUCAUUGGUGUGGGGACCAAGAACACCCCACCCAUGAGUGCUGGGAGCUGCAGGUUGACUUGGGGCUUCACGAGCAGCUCGGCCACCCUGCAAAGCUCAGCCCCCACUUUUCCCAGCCCCACAGGGCCUUUUUUCAUCUGCCAAAUUCCUAGCAUGCUGGAAAAUGUGACUGCCAUGGCCUUAAAGUGAGUUAAAUGCUUCAAGUCAUUACUUUGUAAAAUGCCACCAUGCUUGGGCAGAUUUUGGAGCCCAGGACACAGCAAAGACAGUGGCUUUCCUGAGCUUCAGGUUUGCUGACUUAAAGAAAAUCAGAGUAUUCCUGGGAAAAAUGGGUGGCAAGCAGCACACCAGAGCAUAUGGGGUGACAUGGACUUCGAUCAUCCCAUUCCAGCAGCAUCCCAGCAGGGAUCUGGGGGCUGAUUCAGCUUCUUCCCACCUAAAAACCAACUCCUCCAGCCCCUCCUCUGGGCUGGGAAACUGGGAACAAAUCCUAGUUCAGGGAAACAGCACUGAGAGAUCCUGCCUGCCCAGACUGAGCCAUGCUGUAGCCAGGAUGCUUGGAGGGAACUCUUUGUGUACUUUUAUAAAUAUAUAUGUCUGUCUAUAGCUAUAUAUAUGUAUGUCUGUCUAUAGCUGUAUGAAAUUAAAGUGACCCCAAGGCCUCCUGUCACACCUCC